UUGACCUCAGAUUUAGAAGCACAGCCACGUCAAAGCUGUAUGCGUCCUUUUUGACCCUUCCCAGCACCCGUAGUUGGGUUGGUAGCCCGUUUGUUUUGGCUGUUAUUGAUCAUAGGGUUUUGCAGUCAGGUCGAGAACCUGCGUUGAGCUGUGGCAUUAUGUCUGACAAAAGUGAGCUGAAAGCAGAGCUUGAAAGGAAGAAGCAGCGCUUGGCUCAAAUCAGAGAGGAGAAGAAAAGGAAGGAGGAGGAGCGCAAGAAGAAAGAGGCAGACCAAUUGAAAGAUGCUGCACUUCACCAGGAUGAUUCUGACCUGGAGAAGAAAAGACGUGAGACUGAGGCUCUUCUGCAGAGUAUGGGUAUAACCUCAGAGGCUCCUGCUGUCCCUCCUCCCAUGUCUCCCACCACCAAAUCUGGGGGCACACCAAGUGAGGCAGGGAGCCAGGACUCUGACGGAGCCGUGGGACCCAGGACUCUGCACUGGGACUCUGACCCGUCCACUCUUCAACUUCACUCUGAUUCUGAGCUGGGGCGUGGAACUCCAAAACUGGGAAUGGCCAAAGUCACACAGGUGGACUUCCCGCCCCGUGAGACCGUGUCCUACACAAAAGAGACACAGACACCUGUCAUGACCCAGCAAAAAGAAGAGGAAGAAGAGGAGGAAGAAAUAGCUCAGCCUCAACCAGUUAACGAGACUCAGACGGAGAAACCAGACCAGAAGGAGGAGGAGGAAGCACCCCCCCACGAGCUGACAGAAGAGGAAAAACUCCAGAUCCUGCACUCGGAGGAGUUUGUACAUUUCUUCGACCACAGCACUCGCAUUAUAGAGCGCGCUCUAUCAGAGCACGUGGACCUCUUCUUUGACUACAGUGGCCGUGACCUGGAGGAAAAGGAGGGUGAAAUCCAGGCCGGGGCAAAGCUCUCUCUCAACAGGCAGUUCAUGGAUGAGCGCUGGUCCAAGCAUCGUGUCGUCACCUGCCUGGACUGGUCACCCCAGUAUCCUGAACUCCUGGUUGCCUCAUACAACAACAACGAGGACGCUCCCCACGAGCCAGAUGGCGUGGCAUUAGUGUGGAACAUGAAGUACAAGAAGGCUACGCCUGAGUACGUCUUCCACUGUCAGUCGGCUGUCAUGUCGGCUGCCUUUGCCAAGUUCCACCCCAACGUUGUGGUGGGGGGCACGUACUCGGGGCAGAUUGUGCUGUGGGACAACAGGAGCAACAAGAGGACCCCCGUGCAGAGGACUCCCCUGUCAGCCGCAGCACAUACGCACCCUGUUUACUGCGUGAACGUGGUUGGCACCCAGAACGCCAACAACCUGAUCAGCAUCUCCACUGACGGCAAGAUGUGCUCCUGGAGUCUGGACAUGCUCUCCCAGCCGCAGGACAGCAUGGAGCUGGUGUUCAAGCAGUCCAAAGCCGUAGCUGUCACCUCCAUGUCUUUCCCUCUCGGAGACGUCAACAAUUUCGUGGUGGGCAGCGAGGACGGCUCGGUCUACAUGUCAUGUCGUCAUGGAAGCAAAGCGGGCAUUAGCGAGAUGUUCGAGGGCCACCACGGGCCCAUCACGGGGAUCAGCUGCCACACAGCUCCGGGGCCGCUGGACUUCUCCCACCUGUUUGUUAGCUCCUCCUUCGACUGGACUGUCAAGCUGUGGAGCACGAAGAACAACAAGCCGCUCUACUCAUUUGAGGAUAACUCUGAUUAUGUCUACGAUGUCAUGUGGUCUCCGACUCACCCUGCCCUGUUUGCUUGCGUGGACGGCGUGGGCCAUCUCGACCUGUGGAACCUCAACAACGACACGGAGGUUCCCACUGCCAGUGUCACAGUGGAGGGUAACCCGGCCCUCAACAGGGUGAGAUGGGCUCACACUGGCAGAGAAAUCGCCGUGGGAGACUCUGAUGGACGAGUUUUUGUGUAUGAAGUUGGAGAGCAAAUUGCUGUUCCGCGAAACGACGAGUGGACCCGUUUCGUUCGCACGCUGGCAGAGAUCAACGAGAACAGAGACGAUGCAGAGGAGCUGGCGGCCCAGCGCCUGACCGCCUGAUCUGCUCGCCGCAGACGUGAUGUUAAAGGGACCAGUGGUGCGCUUGUUAAUACCAGCCCCCAGUUUUUGUUGGAAGGAAAAGUUGCGAUGACAACAUGAAAGGAGGGAAAGUUUCGAUCGGCAAGAAGUACGGACAUCUUUUUCGUUUUCUAACACCUUCUUAUUUGGACAACUCCCAGUUAGCUGGACCGUCACCAGUCUUCCUCGGAUUAACACAAGCGACAGGGCUAUCGACCUCAGACACUAACACGAAGCCAUAUUCAAACACCACAAACCAGUUGUCAUUUUUUUUUUCCAACCAGAUGCCUUAAACUUUUAAUUUUAACCUUGAUUGUAAAAACCCCACCUGUCUUCAUUUAGGGCAUGUGAUCACAAGCCUUAAUUUUGAGUUAAGUAAUAGGUGCUCCGCUCCACAUAUUCAUGAUGAACCACUCAUAGCUGUAAUUUCCGCCAAAGUUGUAAUAAAACAAUCACAGGAAUGUAAACAUCUCAUAACUGUAGCCCACGUUGUCAUCUCUGUUUUCUUUUUAGACUUGAUAACCUAAAUACUAACUGAAAUGUCCAAAAAUCUUUCUACUUCUAUUGUCUAUACUGCACCAGUUUUCACUUCCUCAGUGCGGCUGGUUAGACUUGAGAUAGUCGGAGUCUCCUCAAUGCCUAAGAAGAUGAUCAUGUAUGCUGUAACUACUCAGUGGUUUCUCAGAGAUCUGUAUUGUAUGUCUACGAGAUUUGUUUUCCUGAACAAUCUCAAAUCCUGGUGUCAAAACUGAGAAUGUACUUUCACACAGUAGAAACAGUUUGAAUGAUUUAUUUCAAUAAAAUACAAUAAAUACAUUUAAAUUA